AUGAGAUUUCAAAAUACCAAAAUGGGCAUUAAAUCUUCAUCAGGCACUAAUAGAGAUGAGUUCAAGAAUAUAAUGUUGGAGCUAAGAAAUAAUUAGAUUUAAAAAAGAGAGAGCGAUAAAAAGAGCAAAAAUAAGAAUAGUUAACUAAUUGAGGACAAUUCAAAAUAGAAAUAAUUUGAGUAGAACUAGAAAUUAGUAAUUAAAGAAUGCGUGGAUAAGCCUGAGAAACAAGCAAGGUAGAAAUCUGCUUUGUCUUAAGAUUAUCCAGAAUCAAAAAAAAGAUCGGAGAGAAUAAGCAGUAAACAAUCUACAUUGGAUAUUUAAAAAUAAUUUAAUGAGUAUUAAUAACAAAUAAACAGUUAGAAAACUAUUGCAAUAACUUGAAAGAUUGAUAUAAAUGAAAAAGAUAGAUAGUAAAUUCUUCUUUGGCUUAGUUAAAAGACACAUUGAAGAGUGUCCUUAGUUUGGCAAGAGAGUCAAGGAAGAAAUAAAAGUACUAUUAAAUUAGUUGUUAUGA